AUGCCCCCGGUAGCAACGCCCUUCCGUGCCUCCUCCCGUCGCAGCGCAGGCCCGCAGUUCGCGUCAACCCCUCGGUUUUUCCUCUCGCAAACCCCCGCUUCAUCAAGAGCAUCGCAAGAUGUCGAAGACCAUGACGACUUUCCAUAUGCCACACCUGUUCCGACGGCGCGUGCUGCCAAACGCGUAAGAACACAUGUACCGACCCCGCGUCAGAGGGAGAUCAUCGAAGAUUCCGAGGCCGAGCCGGACGAGGACGCUACACCACAUCUGUUCACAAAGGAGGGCAUCUCCGACGAGGAACCCCAAAGUAGCUUGCCAGGAGAGCUAGGGGAGAUCGACGCCGCAUUCGAGGAAUUGUUUGGACCUACAAGGGACCGUACAAAGAGACGUCGAGUUUAUUGGAACAACAACAAUGAUGGCACCCCCUCAACUCAACGGAAACCACACGCCGACACAAUCGUGACAUCCUCACCGGAUCCUCCCCCGUCACCGUCAGCAGACAAUCCAACCCCGUCAGCUUCCUACCACACGCCAAACCAAGCACGCCCAGAACCACAAUUCCUGAAACCCGUCCCACCCGCUACAGAGACGCCCCAACCCAUCACCCCGGCCAGCAUCAGGCCCUCUUCCCUUCAUCCCCGUCGAUUUGUCUUAUCAGCAUCACAGCUACCCCCAAGUAGCCAGACUCAACCCGGCAUCAGGCUGCCCACUUCGACUACAACAACUCCAAUCCCAUCCUCGCAAAGACGGACACCAGCAUUCGUCUUGCCUCGUUCGCCGUCCCCCACACGGGACAAUGAUGACCCCACCGGAAUUCCCACUCCAUUUUCCCCCUCGUCUCGUGCGCUCCGGCGUCGCGGUCGCCACCGUUCCGCAACGCCCAACUAUGUCCCUGGUGGCAUGGCUGCAGAAGUGCGCAGCUGGAUUCUAGAGAUGGGCGCAAAACGAGAGCAGCAACAGACGAGUCCGAGCUAUAACCAGAGAACAGAUUCAUCUUUGCCGGACAUAUGGAAGUACUCGAUUGCUGUCCAAAUACACAGUGCUCGUCAAAUGGCGCUAAGGAGUUGUGGCUCUCUUGCGUUUGUGCAGGGACACCCUGUGGUUUCCCGGGGGGAAACUAGUGAGUCGGAUACUCAUAAUGAAACCCAGAUGAAGAAUGUGCUUCUUUUCGGGCCACCUCGACAGUCCUCCAUGCGGUCUCGUCAUGCAGCGAUUCGCAUCCCCGAGCUUAAACCGGGGGAUACGAUCGGGGUCUGUCGGGGUCUGGCAUGGGAAGUCGACCUAGGAGAGCACCAGAGUGCUCAGGUCUCAGGAACAGACCUGAGUCUCAACGAUCUCUCCCCGUCAGACCGUUCGCACCUCCAGACCGCAGGUAAAUGGCACGUCGGGAUGGAAUGGGAACUAAUCACGUAG